UUUAUUGGAGGUUAUGUACGUCCUGAUAUAUCGUAUUUUUGCAAUAUCUUUGUACACUUCCGAAAUUCCUUCGAUUAAAAUGUGGCAAUUCGUUGCGACAUGCUGACUUGGCAAACGAUGCAAAUUACUUAAAGACAGCUCGACGACAGCGCAGUACUAAACCGAACGAAGAACAUGGUAGAUAUAAAAGAAUCGAAUAAGGACGAUGAACUCCUACUAUUACCAGACGUUGGCACCAAAAAAUUCACCGAAUUUCCUAAGCUUGACUCCAAGAGUGCGAUCAUGAAAGGAGUCGUUAAACAAUUGGAAAAGUGGCCUUCUUAUCUUUUUUUUGUUUUUUUUAUUGCUUGCGUCAUAAUAGUAAAUCUUGUCUUGCUCAUCAUUGUAUCAGCUACUCUUUCUUUACCUACGAACACAACGAAUAUUGGAAACCGAGAGAACUUUAACAAAAGAUCGAUCAACGUAUACUCGGUGAAACAAGAAGAUCGUAUAUGGUCGAUGAUGGAUCUUUGCCACAUUGAAAGUGCAGCACGUGAGAAUCCAGAGUUAAAUAUCCACCUAAUAAAUUUACACAAAAAAAACCGUAAGGAAGAUUCUACACAAGAUUUUAUAGUAACGAGGAAACUUGAGCCUGAAAUUAGAUCGGUUACAAACGCGAUCGAUUUACAGAACAAAGCAACCAGAUCUUUAUGGAUAAUGCGAGAAGCUCGUUUGAGAGAUCAAAUUGCUCAUAAAUACGAGAACGUUAAAAACCACGAUAUCACCGUCGACAAUUUCUUUCAAGGAACCAAUCUCUCUAAAGUAGCUGGAAAUUUAAAUAAUAAGAUAUUGAAAAUAGCUACCGAAGCGUAUUUCAUUUGGAAUUCAUCCGGAAUCGCCCUAGAUCCUAGAUUAUAUUGCAAUCUGAAAUAUAUUUCACAAAUUAUUUGCAAUUCGCAAAGGAAACAAAACGAAGAAUGUGUACCCGAUGGAUUGGCCACCAUUGAUCCACAAAAUAACAUUCAAGCUGCUGGAGUACCUUGUCAAGCAUUUAUAGGAUAUUUUAUAAACGAUAUAUCGAAAAACGAAUCGAUCCGUAAAGAAGGAGCAUUAUUGAAGUCCAUAAACAAGUUUUGUCCACAAAUACAUUCCUGCAACGAAGUUAGAAUCUUGGACAAGGUCAAAACAUGCCGAUUGAAUAUUUUAAAGUGCCCAAUCGUUCACCAUCAUGGAUUUCUAUUAAGUGCAUUGAGUUACAGCUACAUGUUACCUCAUUUAUGAUAAAAGCAUUAUAAUGAAUAUCACAAAUAAAUAUAUUCUUCACAAGAAAA